AUGCUCGGCUCUACAGGUCCUCCUGGCUCCACGCAUAUCAAGUGGGCAUGCGUGACACUCUCCGAUGAUAACUACGAUCGCUGGGAUGACGUUCUGUACCUUGCUGCUCUCGGUGAUUACAAAUGGGACCUUAACCUUAUUCUUAAUUACUGUGAAUUGCUCAAACCCUUACCUCAACCCGGUGCCAAACCAAUUCCAUACGAGCCUAUCUAUGAAUCCGAUAGCACCCUGGAAUUCCGUAACGCUAAAAAAGCACUCGGAUCUUACCGCACUUCCUGUAAUCUGCUUAUUCGAUCACUCUCCGAUGAACUCCGCGAAACUCCCCCCAAGGAGACGUUAAUGAAGGAUCCCUGGACUAUUUACGAUAUAGUCCGUCAGUCUUAUUUCCACAAAUCCGUCAAAGUUUCCCAGCCGAUUAACAUGGCGUACCUACGCGAUUUCCAAGUCGGCUACUAUGAGGAUUCUCGCGCGUGGGCAAUCAGGUGCAAGAAACUUCAGUUGGAUGCUGAACUGCAGGGUCUCACAGUUACUAGCAAUUUCAUCAACGAUUGCUAG